CCCUUUUGCUAGCAUCUAGCAACAUCACUACAUCAGCGCCCAGCGGCUCAGCCAUAGGAGCAUAGUCCUUUCUCCUUUGUGACCCGGCGCAAAAAUAUGGCGUCGUCACCGUCCCUGCGCCCCACGGACAGACUCCGCAGGCCUCCGGCCUCUCCCGCGUUCUGCUCCUUUUCGGCUGUCUCCCUGCGCGGCCUCGUCUCGCUCUCCAGCGCCUCUAGGGUUCUCUCCGUCUCCUUCCGGCAGCGCCUGCUGACGGCUGUGCGGAGCUCCAGAGACCCUGGAGAGGUGAUUGAUGUGGCUAGUGGUGAAGGAACUGAGCUACCUGGAGGCUCCACUGGUCCAAGAAAAGAUGGAAAAGAGACUGCCAAAAGUUUCUCAACUAAAGAAUUGCUAGAAAAACUAAAGAGAUAUGGUGUUGCUGGGGUUCUGUCAUAUGGACUACUUAACACUGUCUACUAUGUGACUGCAUUUUUGUUAGUCUGGUUUUAUGUUGCGCCUGCACCUGGUAGGAUGGGUUAUGGUGCAGCUGUUGAGAGGUUUGUUAAACUAAUGGCAAUGGUCUGGGCUGGCAGUCAAGUUACUAAGAUUUUUCGAGCUGGAGGAGCCCUUGCUCUGGCUCCUUUUGUUGAGAGAGGGCUGAAAUGGUUCACAGUCAAGUUCAACUUCAAGUCAGAAGGGAAGGCUUUUAUGACUAUUGUAGGGUUGUGCUUUGCUGUUGCUGCUCUCAUGUUCUUUGGAUUAACAAUACUUUGGGCAUAGAACAUCUGCUUUCCUGACACAGUUAGGAAUCUUGAAGAGAUGCUGUGGAUCCAAUCAGUAACGCAGUGAUCACACUCUACUGAAAAAUCUCACCUAAUAUUUUCAGUGUGGUUGUCCAUAGCCUGCAUGAAUAUGUAUCUUCAUGGUUCGUUAGUGAUCGCAAACAUCUUGAGUAUACAUAUCCCUGUAAGGUCCUGUUGGACCGUGUGCAGUCAUGACACAUUUUCAAAACAAAACAUGUUUGCUAGUGGAAUUUUGCCAUCCAA